AUGACUUCUUUCGGUGUUACUUCGACCAACACUAAUAGAAAUGAAUUUGAAUAUGUAUUUUCAAUUCAGGGGCAAAUUUAUCACAAAAUAGGAUCGUUACUGCCAAUGCCUAACGAAGACUAUAAAUUUCUGCAAGUAUAUUUCAUCGGAAAUGAAGAACAAGAAAUUGAUCAACGAUGCACAAAUUUUAAUGGAUUGAGUCGCGAAAUAAUCCGAAAUGUACAGAAGAUCUUACACAGAUACAAUCAAUUGAUUUACAUAUUCAAAACAACAUUAGACCGCAUGAUUUCUGAUGACUAUAAAAUUGUAAUUCGAGCCGAUAAAAGACCACCUGGAGAGCACGAACGUAGAUUUAAUGCACCUCAGAUAGAUGAAGUUGCCAUCGUAAUUGUAGACAAUGAAAAUACAAGCCGUGACAUAAUUGUACAACGAAGAGGAAAAGGACUACAACGCAUUGCAGAGACACACCGUUCCUAUGAUGCUCUUCAAUAUCCAUUAAUAUUUCUGCACGGAGAGGACGGAUACCAUUUCAAUAUAAAACAAGUGCAUCCUGAAACAGGCAUAGAAACAAACAAAAAAGUUACUUCCAAGGAGUUCUAUGCUUACCGCUUAAUGAUCAGAGACAAUGAAACAUACAAUCACAUACUCAACACUCGCCGUUUAUUUCAACAAUUUCUGGUAGAUAUGUACGCAAAAAUAGAAGCAGAACGGAUGCUUUACAUAAGACUGAAUCAGAAGAAACUACGCACAGAAGAAUACAUCCAUCUUCGAGACGCGAUCAUGAACGACGGCAAUAUUGACGAUAUUGGAACAAUGGUAAUCUUACCCUCAUCAUACACAGGAAGUCCAAGACAUAUGCAUGAAUAUACUCAAGAUGCCAUGACUUACGUAAGAAAAUAUGGACGACCUGAUCUCUUCAUAACAUUUACAUGCAACUCAUCAUGGCCAGACAUCAAAGAACAACUAAAAUACGGACAAACCUCCAUGGAUCGACACGACAUAAUAGCCCGAGUUUUUCGACAAAAACAAAAAAGAUUUAUUGAAGUCAUCACAAAAUACCACAUCUUUGGAACCGUUCGAUGCUGGAUGUAUACAAUUGAGUGGCAAAAACGAGGAUUACCUCACUCACACAAUGUCAUAUGGCUACACGAUAAAAUUUAUCCCACGGAUAUUGACAAAAUCAUCCAAGCAGAAUUUCCCGAUCUACAAAAAGAUCCGGAACUGUACAACAUAGUAGUGAAAAACAUGAUUCACGGACCAUGUGGAUCAUUAAACUUCAAUGCACCAUGCAUGAGUGAUGGAAAAUGUACAAAAAAAUAUCCAAAACCAUACUUGGAUGAUACAAAAACUGAAGAAGACGGCUAUCCGAAAUAUAGAAGACGAUCACCGAAAAAUGGUGGCUUCACAGCAAAAAUAAGAAUACAAGGCAAAGACGAAUUGGAAAUAGAUAACCAAUGGGUAGUACCAUAUAACCCACUACUUUCGAAAAUGUUCCAAGCUCACAUAAACGUUGAAUACUGCAAUUCAGUAAAAUCUAUUAAAUACAUAUGUAAGUACGUAAACAAAGGUAGUGAUAUGGCAGUAUUCCAAAUAGUCCAAAAUAGCGAACAAAAUAACAGAAAUGAUGAGAUUCUUAUGUACCAAAUGGGAAGAUACAUCAACAGUAACGAAGCAGCAUGGAGGAUUUUUAGUUUUCCCAUACAUGAACGCAAACCAGCUGUGCAGCAUCUAGCAGUACAUUUGGAGAAUGGACAAAGAGUUUACUUCACAAGAGACUCGGCUAGAAAAAUUGCAAGCGAACCACCUGAGAACACAACAUUAACAGCUUUUUUCCAACUGUGCCAAACGGAUUCAUUCGCAAAGACAUUACUGUAUGUUGACGUCCCUAUUUAUUAUACGUGGGACAAAACAAGGAAAAUUUUUCAACGACGAAAACAAGGAAUGCCAGAGGAGGGUCAUCCAGAAAUCAUGAAAGCUGACACAAUAGGUCGCUAUCUCAGGACUAUUAACGGCUACCUAUGCCAGACGUACAGAGAAGCAUGUCAACGCCAACGCUUAGGAUUAUUGGAAAACGAUAACCACUGGGAAUUAACACUACAAGAAGCUACACUCAUAGCUUCAGCUGAACAACUUCGAGAGUUAUUCGCCAUAAUUCUAACAACAUGUAACCCAUCGAACCCAAAACAACUAUGGGACGCUUUUAAGAGGAGUAUGAGUGAUGAUAUAUUGUACCAAAUCCGACAAACUAAUCCAGAACUGACUAUAGAAUUCAAUGAUGACAUCUUCAAUGAAACACUCAUUCGCUUAGAAGAUAAAUGUUUAGCAAUAAAUAACCAGGCUUUAGUAGAACUUGGAAUGCCAGCACCACAAAGAAAUGCUUUCAGUGUGUUAAACUACGAAAUUACAAAGGAAAAAAGCUACAACGUCAAUGAACUGCUUGAAUACAUUGCUCACAACAAACCACUCCUCAAUGACAAUCAAAAAAAAGUUUACGACGUUAUAAUGGACCGGAUAAUUAACAACACUGGUGGAAUUAUUUACUUGGACGCACCAGGAGGCACCGGUAAAACGUUUCUACUAAAUCUAAUACUGGCAGAAAUACGUGUUAAAAAACACAUCGCACUUGCACUAGCAUCAUCCGGCAUUGCAGCCACACUUAUGGAAGGAGGACGAACUGCCCAUUCUGCUUUACAACUACCGUUGAAUAUAGCAGAACAACAAUUCCCGGUAUGUAAAAUCUCAGGAAAAUCUGGACGGGGUCAAUGUCUAAAACAAGCUAAAGUUAUCUUAUGGGAUGAAUGCACCAUGGCCCAUAAAAAAUCACUUGAAGCAAUGGACAGAACAUUACAAGAAUUGCGAAAAAACUCUGAAAUAAUGGGAGGAGCUCUACUCAUACUGUCGGGAGAUUUUCGACAAACACUUCCAGUUAUUCCCAAGUCAACACCAGCAGACGAAAUCAAUGCAUGCUUAAAAAAGUCACAUCUCUGGUCACAAGUACAAAUACUGCAAUUAACAAAAAACAUGAGAGUUGAAUUAUCAAAAGAUGAAACAACAGCACAUUUUGCUAAAAUACUUUUACAAAUAGGUGAAGACACAUAUCCUACUAACCAAACGACCGGCCUCAUUGAACUCAAUAGUGAUUUCUGUAACAUAGCCACUACUGAAAACGAUCUAAUCGACAAAAUUUAUCCAAAUUUUGUUCAGACCUAUACCAACGUAGAGUGGUUAUUUCAAAGAGCAAUUUUGGCUACUAAAAAUAAUGUUGUUGACGAUAUCAAUUUUAAUAUUCUAAAGAAAAUACCUGGUGAAGAGAGAAUAUAUAAAUCGAUGGCCACGAUGGUAUCCAGCGAGGAAAGUGUCAACUUCCCCACAGAAUUUCUGAACUCUUUACAAGUACCAGGAAUGCCAUUACACUGCCUUCGUCUGAAAAUUGGAUCUCCAAUCAUACUACUGAGAAAUCUCAGCUCUCCAACACUAUGUAAUGGAACGAGGAUGAUCGUAAAACAGCUAUCGAAUAAUAUUAUUGAAGCUGAACUUAUUUCUGGAAAGAACAAAGGACAAACAAUUACUGUAUGCGAUUAA